CUUUCGAAUGCCAGUCAUUUAAAUCCAUUUAUACUGUUCAUAUUUUAAACUGUUAUAAAUAUAUUAGCCAUAAAUUUAAAUCAAAAUGAAAUAUUCAAAUGCCGAAAAACCGCCAGAAGAUAAUAAGAAUUUUCAAAUGCCCAACGACCCGGUAAAAGUAUUUGGAUCGUUGAUUUUGUUGGUUUUAAUUUUGUUGCCGAAUUACAUAUGGGCCGGAAUUCAAUGUCUGCUUGCGAGACGGAAAAAAGUUAACGGACAAGUGAUACUGGUAAGAUUAACAAUUUAUUAUUUUUGAUAGACGUUAAUAACGAGUGUACGAAUAAAAUCCAUCUAAAUCCAUAUUCUAUAUUUGUAACGACUCUAAAAUGUUUGGAAGAGCGCAAUGCAAAUUUUUAUGGUUUGUACUUUCACUCUUAAAAUUCAUUGUCCUCUUGGUGAUUUUGCCUCCUUAUCAGACCGUAAACAAGUUUAAUUUCAUUUUCCUAAAUUUACUUUAAGUUACUUUGCUUAAUUAAUUUUAGAGUUCCAGACAAGAAUAACUAUACUUCCAUCUCUUCCUCAAAUUGUCUCCAAAAUUCUACUUUAAUUCGCGUCAUGCGGCACAUUGAUGAGGAUUCUCGCUUUUCAAAUAUCAUUGUGUAUGUAUUAUUUAGUUUUAGUUUUAGUUUGAAUUUUUAAACAUCAUAUUCUCGUACUUAUUUUUAGGCUUAGACCUGUUUGGCAAUAAAAUAAAUAUAUAAAAUAGCACGAAAAAAAAAAUGUACGAUCUCGCGAUGUUUAUGGUGAUAGAUCACCGGAACUGCCAGAGGACUCGGCCGUGAACUCGCGUUGGCCUUUCACAGACUGGGCGCGAAAAUCGUUUGCGUGGACCGCGAUGGAGACGGUAAUGCGGUGACGGCAGAAAUGAUUCGUGGGGACGGCGGCACGGUAAAGGCUUUCACGUUAGACAUCACCGACCGGGAAAAAAUCAGAUCGAUGCAUGAGUCGGUGAAAACAGAUUUCGGUCCUAUCGAUAUACUGGUGAAUAACGCGGCCGUGGUUCGGGAAAACAUUUACGUCAAUCCAAAAUCUGAUAAGUUGAUAAAAGAAAUAAUCGAUAUCAACUUGUUGGCACAGUUUUGGGCGAGUAUAUUAUAAUAUUAUAAAGACGACCUAUAGUUUUUCGUUUUGAAUUUAACUCGUUUACGGGGUUUUUUUUUUUUUUUUUUUUUUUGUACAGAUGAACAAAGAAAUACUUCCGUCGAUGUUGGACAGGAAUAGCGGACAGAUUGUGGCGAUUUCGUCGCUGAUAUCUCUGAUCGGCACCCAUUCCCUUUCCGCUUACGUGGCUUCCAAAUGGGGCGUUACAGGUACACACAUACAUUUUAUCAAAUUAUACCUAGGGUAAAUGUUAUGAUGUAGCGAUAACGUUGUCGUUAAACAUUCAUUUUAGAACUAUUCGUUUCUUAAGUUGUCAAAACAAGAAUGUCAAAAAUAGUCAACAUUUUCGAAAUAAUGAGUGUUUAAUCGAGAAUCACCCGGUAUUACCAGAGAGUUAUAAUUUGGUUCAGUUAAAAUUUUUCUGCCUCGCUUUUUUAAUUAAAACAUUACGACAUUUUCCACUGGCCAUUGAUUGUUUUAACGAGGGUGAGGGGGAGAUGGGGUGAGAUUUACCAACACGAAAUUAGUUGUAUUUUCAUAGUUAUAGUAAACUUUUUUAUCUGUUCGGAUACAUAAAGUUGGUUUACGCAUAUAUUUAUUCAUUAUUGAAGGUAUGAUGGAAUCUUUGGAUCAAGAACUGAAUAUGUUGCAUUCUAAAGUCGUCUUAACCACCGCGUGCCCGUACUUUAUGGAUUCAAAUACCGAAAUCACUAAAAACAUAAAUAUCAGGUUUGUAUAAAUAUAGUACCUACUCAAUAUUCAGACCAAAAGUUUUAAGUUUAACUACGAGAAACCUAUAUAUUAUAUUAUUGAGAUAUGUUUACCGGAUGUAAAUUAAGCAGCGCAGAAACAGCUGCAAAUAUUGCUAAAGUUACACGCUUUGAACGUGAUGAAUAUAUUAUUAUUAUUUCACCACAGUUCUAUAGAAUACUUGAAGCUAUCGAAAUGUAUAUAUUACCAUGUUUAUUAAUUGUAUGCAACAAUUAAUCAUUGCUAACGAAAAUCCAUUCUGAGUGGAGUACGGUUAUACAUGCUUUGAAAGGCCGUAAUAUGGAUGAUUGGAAAAUAAUACAUUUCGUAAAUUGUCUCGCUUUUCCUACGUUUCUUCUCGGGUUUUACCUUUUGUUAUAAAAACCCAAAAGAAAAUCAAAAAAUGACUUCCCUAAAGUAUUAUUCCAAUCAGAAAUUUCCUUUCAGAACAAAUGUUACACUUGAAAAUUGGAGCAAAAUUUCUGAUAAAAAUAAUUGUCCACAGUAAACAAAAUAAACAUCAUUGUAAAACCAAUUAUAUUUCCCGCUUCACUCAGAAUCUAAAAAAUUAAAUAAACAAUAAUAGUUCUUAAAAAUAUUUUUAUCCCAUGUCAUGACAGAAUCAUUUGACUGCCAUCACUGUUACGAUAUAAUUGAAAUAGGAAUUGUACUGUACUGAGUAUCUAUUAUUUAUGUAUUAAGAAUUCAACGAGGCUAGCCUUUUUAUAAUAUAGAGUGUGAUAUAAUGACCAAUUGUGUGUAAAAGAAAAAAAAAACAUAGAAAAAAAGAGAAAAAUAUUAUAUAUAAAAAUAGUAUAAGAAAGUAUAUAAAUUUAUAAAUGUAUAGUUGAUAGAUAGAAAUUAAUCUCCAAUAAGAAACAAGCAAAACAAACAAAAAUACAAAGAAAUAUAUAUGUAUAUAUAAGAAAAUAUUAAAGAAAACAUUGAUAUACUAGGACUAAUUAAAUUUAUAUUGCUUUUCUAAAAAAAUAAAAUAAACUUAAAUCUAAAAAUAUCACGAGUUGUAUUAAAGAAAUCUAUGGCAGUGGAAACUGAAUUGGCUAGUUUCAGAGCUUUAACAAAAAAGGAGUCAUUACCCGAUUUGGACUAAAAGUAUGAAAAAGAUCAUGAUUUUUCGAACAGUAGGAGGGAUUUUAUUCCAUAAGCAUCAUAUUGCGCAUAGUAUAUGAUACUCUAAAAACAAUUUAUGUAUAGAGGUACUCGUUUUUAGAUUCGGUAUAUUGCCCGUCUUUAAUUUAUAAGUAUAAUUCACUUAAAAUGAAAACGUUAUAUGAUUUUAUUGAUUCAAGUUUCCCAGCGAUUCCCCUUCGAAUAUGCUGCGAUAAAAUAGUGGACGGAAUAUUGAAGAACAGAAAAGUGUUCACGGUGCCUAGCUAUUUGUAUCUACUGAUUAUGUUUUACAAGUAAGGAAUUGAUGAACUGCACCCGAUCGCAAUGUUACAGUUGUACCAUAAAUUUAUCCAUUUAUCAUCUAAGAUGUAACUUAUAUGCAAUGCAUUUGAAAGAGCAAGCCUACACAUACGAACAACUAUUGUAAAUAAUAAAUUAAUGUACGCGAAAUUAUGUUUACAGGAUUUUACCGAGUAAUCUACAGUAUUACACGCAAGAUUUAUUCGGCGGUUCGUAUAGAUAUGGUAAAAGUGACUAUGAGAUAUUGAAGAAAUACCAGAGAGAAUAAUGUUGGUGAUAUUAUCAUUAAUGUUGCGCCGACGAAGAAUUAUAAUAUUAUUAUGUUAACAGGUGUA